UUCGAGGGAAGAUUCAAAAUCGGAGCAACAGAAACCGGUCUCUCGUCGCAAUGAACAGGCAAGCCAAAUUCAAAACCCCUCGCAGGGGUCCUGCAAAAAAGGCUCUCAAUAACCAGAAGGACCCGGUUGGGGUGUACUGCCGAGUCCGGCCCCUGGGUGCGGAGGAGGAGGAGUGCUGCAUCGAGGUGAUCAGCAGCAGCACCAUCCAGCUGCACACUCCCGAGGGCUUCAAAGUAAACCGCAAUGGAGAAUUCAAGGAGACACAGUACACCUUCAAAAAAGUCUUUGGCGUCUCCGUAUCUCAGAUGGAGCUCUUUGAGCAUGUGGCCAAACCUCUGGUUGACGACCUCAUUCAUGGAAAGAAUGGUCUACUCUUUACAUAUGGUGUUACAGGAAGUGGAAAGACAUUCACAAUGACUGGCACGCCAGGUCAGGGUGGACUCCUGCCUCGCUCCCUUGAUAUGAUUUUCAACAGUAUCGGCCCCUACCAAGCCAAAAGAUAUGUUUUUAAAACGGAUGAUAAAAAUGGUAUGGACAUUCAAUGUGAAGUUGAUGCUUUGUUGGAGCGCCAAAGGCGAGAUAACAACUUGAUUAUUCCUAAAACGCCCUCCUCCAGACAAAAGACGGAUCCUGACAUUGCUGACAUGAUUAAGUCAGAGGAGGCUACUAAAGGAGACGGUGUGGACGAGGAUGGCAGUUACAGUGUCUUUGUGUCCUACAUCGAGAUCUACAACAACUACAUCUACGAUCUCCUCGAGGAAACUCAGGAAGAUGCAAUCAAACCCAAGUGGAAUGGUGGAGGCACACCUGUGCGCCAGAACACUGAGUUCAUACCGCCUCAGUCUAAGAUCCUCAGGGAGGAUCAGAAUCACAACAUGUAUGUGGCCGGUUGCAUGGAGGUUGAAGUGAAGUCUGCCGAGGAAGCGUUUCAGGUCUUCUGGAGAGGUCAAAAGAAAAGGAAGGUUGCAAACACACGGCUGAACAGAGAGUCCAGUCGUUCACACAGUGUGUUCAUUAUCAAACUGGCUCAGGCUCCUCUUGAUGCAGACGGUGACAACGUUCUCCAGGAUAAGAACCAAGUGAGUGUCGGUCAGCUGUGCCUGGUGGACUUGGCAGGAAGCGAGCGCACCGGCAGGACCGGUGCUGAAGGCACUCGCAUUCGUGAAGCUGGUAACAUUAACCAAUCUCUGCUGAAUCUGCGGACGUGCAUCGAGAUACUUCGAGAGAACCAAAUGUGUGGCACAAACAGGAUGGUUCCCUACAGAGACUCCAAAGUAACACACUUGUUUAAAAACUACUUUGAUGGAGAAGGAAAAGUAAGAAUGGUGGUUUGUGUGAAUCCCAAAGCUGAUGACUACGAGGAAACCUUGCUGGUGAUGCGGUUUGCGGAGAUGACGCAGGAGGUGGAAGUGGCGCGUCCAGUGGACCGGCCCAUCUGCGGCUUUACCCCAGGGCGUCGCCACAGAAACCAGGCAUUUAAAGAGGAAUUGUCUCGCAAGCUGGAAGAGUGUGGAGGCCCAACAGACAGAGGUUAUCACGCUGCACACGAGCCAGAUGUGUCCUCUGCUAGGGGCUGCCUCAGUCUCCCGCCUCUACCCUCCUCUGAGGUGACUGACGCACAUGAUGACAUCACACUUCCCCGCCUGAUCGAAGCGCUGCAGGACAGACAGAGGAUCAGACGGAUGUUGAUGCAAGACUACAGCGAAUCAGCCACCAAGUUGAAGUCUGUGCUUCAGAAAGUGGACUCAAACCUUGUUUCCAAUGAAAACUUCAUUCAUGAGCAAAACGGCAAACUUGCAGAGAAGGACAGAGUAAUCCAGGACAACAAAGUGGAGAUUGAACGUCUGGAGAAAAGGGCCAGGAUGCAAGAACACAAGAUCGACAUCCUCCAGAAAACGACUAAGAUCUAUGAAGAUGACAAGCGUUCACUGCAGCAGGAGUUGGAAACCAGAGAGCAGCGGUUGCAAAGGGAGCUGUCUGAGAAGAGGCGAAUGGAGAACCGCAUGCACGGGGUGGUCUCGGACACCCAGCACAAGUGGGAGAAAGAAUGCGAAAGACGUGUAAAUGCAGUACAACUUGAGAUGCAAAACAAGCUCUGGGUGAAAGAUGAAAAGUUUAAGCAACUCAAGGCCAUUGUGGCAGAAGGCAAGACUCCUGGUCGUCCGGACCCUCCACCUCGUCAGACGCAGCCGCAGCCGAAGCGGCCUUCCAGAGAGGAACGCCAGAGAGAUGAGCCUCAGCAUCAGCAUCAACCUCAGCCAGCAAAGAGAUCAGCAUCACCAUCACCCAUUUCUGCCCCUUUUGAUUUUCCUCCUGUCAGCCCAGGGAUGAGGUAUCAGUCAGCCAGAGCUGCUAGAGUUGAGGAAGUUGAGAUGAUCCCAAGGCCCUUCUGCCCCACCCCGAGCAGCAGUAGUUACUUGUCAUUGGCUGACUCCCCCCCUCCGAGGGAGCAGCGAGCAGCUCCGGCCGUCAGCCAGCAGUCCCAGUCCGCUAGUACACCCAAAAGAAUCCAGUCUCCCGAAAACCUCUCAACCGGCAGGGCAAGGAGGAAAGGAGAAAGCAGUGGUAGAGAGGAUGGAGACUUCUCCCCGUCCGCAUUUGUCCUAGACCUAAAUCACAGAUGCUACAGGACCACGACACCCGUGCGGCCACUGCACCGCCGCUCCCAUUCCGCCGGUGGCGGGAAGUGGGUGGAUCACAAGCCGCCCUCCAACCUGGACCUGGGGACAGUCUUGCAGCCAGUCAUCCCCAACGCCAUCCAGGUGUCCCAUCCCAGCGAGAAGGCCUUGUCCAAGUGCGACAGAUAUGUGUUAACGCACCAGGAGGUCGCGUCUGAUGGAGAGAUACAGACCAAACUUAUAAAGGGAGAGGUGAUGAAAACCAGAGGAGGGGGGCAAGCCGUCCAGUUCACCGACAUCGAAACACUGAGACAGGAGCUCACCACAGCCGUGGGCCGCAAGAGAAAAUCUUCAGAAGGUGCCCCGAGAAAUGGAGGUGAAACGGACGGCGCCUGGACUGACGUGGAGACGAGGUGUUCAGUGGCUCUGGAGAAUAGGGCUGGAUCAAACAUGGGCCCUGGAUAUGAGCAUCAUGGAAUCACCAAACGCCGAAAACCCUGAAAGCUUCUGGUUGCUGCAGUGGGGCUGACUCCCUUUAUCUAUCCUCACCUGGCUGUUGUGCAAUAGUUUCAAUUGUCCUUUUUUUUUAUAUAAAUAUAUUUAGCUCUAGUCAAACUAUUUAAGUGUUUCUCCAUACUUUUUAUAUACUGUAUAUGCAAAACUUGUGUAAGUUUCCAAAGCUUUUUAAAAAAAAAAAUGUUGAUUCUGAAUAAGUGUUACUGCGUCAAGUGUGAAGACAGCUGGAAAGGAAAUGCACAAGUAGUUGUGAAGCUGCCACAAGUUUGAAACUUCUCUGCCAUUUCUGUCUGCAGGUAUCGUUUGAAAUGAGUGAGCUUUAUUCAUGGAAAACUGGAAUAAAAUUCCUUUUCUGACAUCA